AGCUUAACAGCACUCUCACAACUUCCUCGUCCAAGUCACAGACGCGUCGCUGUGCUCCUCAUCUUGAAGCACAUUCGCAAAAAAUGGAAGCGGUUAGACCGAAAUGAGGAAUAAUUUCAGUUACGGGACUCUGGCAGAAGAAUCACUAUCUUAUUAAACUCAUCGUCGUAGGAGUACUUGGUUAAAGCGACGUCAUUGAUUGGGAGACCUUGCUGCACAUUUCAUCCAUGGGCUGCACUAACUUUCUUGGCUUCUGCGCCAUGGGAAAUGCGGUAGAACUUUCAAAGGACCUGUGAGAAAAGCUGAUGUUAUUCUUGGGCAACCUACCUUUUCACCCCUGUAGGACAUCACCAUGGGUUGUGUGGGCUCAAAGAAGGAUCGGGAGAAUCUUCGGAAAGGGAGCAGUGACAUGCAGAAAAGUGCACCGACAACCCACUACGUCAAAGAUCCCACAGCGGGAAAUUCUAAAGUUAGCAAAACGCCAUCCAGUGCAAAUAUAACAGAUGGAGACAACAUUGGUAUUGCACUUUAUGAUUAUGAUGCCAUUCAUGAUGGAGACCUUGGCUUCAAGAAGGGGGACAAACUUAAAAUUUUGGAAGAAUCAGGGGAGUGGUGGCGAGCGAUGUCGAUCAGUACAGGUCAAGAAGGCUUCAUCCCCAGCAAUUAUGUUGGUAAAGAUACCCUGGAGGCAGAGGAGUGGUUUUUUAAGGGAGUGAGCAGGAGAGAUGCCGAGAGGCAGCUUCUGGCCCCUGGAAACAAAGUAGGAUCGUUUUUGAUCCGAGACAGUGAGUCCAACAAAGGAAGCUUCUCCCUGUCUGUCAGGGACACCGAUGGCCCAUCUGGUGACACUGUUAAACAUUAUAAGAUCCGUAUGCUGGACAAUGGAGGAUUUUACAUCUCUCCCCGGAUCACAUUCAGCAACCUGCAGGACCUGGUCAAGCAUUAUAAGAAGCAAGGUGAUGGCCUUUGCCAACCCCUGACCAACCCUUGCCUGAGUGCUAAACCAGAGAAGCCCUGGGAGAAAGACGCCUGGGAAAUCCAAAGGUCAUCACUUAAACUGGAGAAAAGGCUCGGUGCUGGCCAGUUUGGAGAUGUCUGGCUGGCGACAUACAACAAACACACCAAGGUAGCAGUGAAGACCAUGAAACCUGGGAGCAUGUCGGUAGAAGCCUUCAUGGCUGAGGCCAAUCUGAUGAAGACUUUACAGCAUGACAAACUGGUGCGACUCCAUGCUGUGGUCACCAAGGAAGAGCCCAUUUAUAUUAUCACUGAAUUAAUGGAAAAAGGUAGUUUAUUAGACUUCCUCAAGAGUGAUGAAGGCAGUCGCGUCCCACUUCCCAAGCUCAUCGACUUCUCUGCCCAGAUAGCAGAGGGUAUGGCCUUCAUUGAGCAGAGGAACUACAUCCACCGAGACUUGAGGGCCGCCAACAUUCUGGUCAAUAAAGCUUUAGUAUGCAAAAUCGCUGACUUUGGCCUCGCUCGCAUCAUUGAAGACAAUGAAUACACAGCAAGGGAAGGAGCAAGAUUUCCCAUUAAGUGGACAGCACCUGAAGCUAUCAACUACGGCUGUUUCACUAUUAAGUCAGAUGUCUGGUCUUUUGGCAUUUUGCUGACUGAGAUCAUCAGUUAUGGACGUACACCCUACCCAGGGAUGACAAACCCAGAGGUGAUCCGUUCACUGGAGAAAGGCUAUCGAAUGCAGCGUCAGGACAGUUGUCCCAAGGAACUCUAUGACAUCAUGCUAGAGUGUUGGAAGAACAAACCAGAUAACCGUCCAACCUUUGAUUACCUAAAGAGUGUCCUGGAGGAUUUCUACACAGCCACAGAGAGCCAGUACCAGCAGCAACCGUGACUCACAUUCUUCUUUUUUUUUUUUGGUCCGUUUCAUGAUGUAGUAUUUGUACAAAAACGUUAAAGUAUUUUCCUGUAUCCUCUGUCAAUCCAUCUGUACGUCUCAAUAACUUGAUGUCUCAGCCGGCUGUGGACAAAACAUUUUUAUUUAAAUUAAAAAAAAGCACCAUUUUAAUUAUUAACAAUUAACAAUUUCCUGGCAUUUUGUUGUCAGAAGUUAAAGUCUAAAGAAUUUCCUGCCACCACAAUUUGCACAAAUUGUCAGUAGAUUAAAGUUGUAUGUUGGAGUAUGAAUUGCAAAAAAAAAGUUGUGGAAGCUCAAGGAUAGCUACUUGAUCCAAAUUUGAGAAAGAAUGAUUGAAUGACCACUUUUAUUAAGGGCUUUCAAAAUGUCUUGGUAUUUGUGCCUUUAAAUUAUAUUUUGCUUUCUUUUAUGUGAGACAUCCUUGAAUGCUUUUUUGUUUUGAUUUAGUCAUUUAUUCUGUGAAGAAAGGAAAGCUCACUUAUGUAUUAGCCUUCAUUUUGCUCUUUGGAAAAAUAACUUAUACUUACAUGUAAAAAUCUGCCAUAUUGCUCACAUAAAAGCAAAACAACCUCUCAAUGGUCUUUUUGGAAUGUUUGUCAAGAAGUGAUGAAUUAAUUAUGUUGAUUCCAUUCCUAGACUCAAGAGCCCAGAUUUUUCUUUUUUUUUUUUUUUACCUAAAGUCCCUUUGCUUGUUUCGUUUGUGGCAAUUCAACAAAUAUUGACACUUUUAAAAUAAAAUAUUUUAAUAUUUAAGAAACA